AAAGAUGCUGAUUGACAAGGGCGCCGAUAUAAAUGCAAAGGGUUACCUUGAUAGGACACCGUCAAUGUAUGCCACUUUUUUGCUAGGAAUGUCAUCCGCUAAACGCUCUGAAAGAAUGGGCAUUGUCAAGAUGCUGAUUCUACACGGUGCUGAUACAAAUGCAAAGGAUAAGUUUGGCCGGACACUACUGUCGAUUGCCAUCGCUGAAGGGCUUGGGGAUAUUGUCAAUCUGCUUCUCGCUAAAGACGCCAUUACUGAAACAAAACGUCAGGCAUCAAUGGCAAGGCUGGCUUAAAAAGCGCAGCAGGGCAUUC